UAGAUGUAUUGGAUGCUUGUGGUUUCCAUGCGGAUAUUGGAAUAAGAGUUCUUGAAGACAAGACACUUGUAACAAUAACACAUAAUCAUAUAAGUAUGCAUGAUCUGAUACAAGAAAUGGGACGCCAUAUUGUUAAUGAAGAAUUCCCAAAAGGAGCCCGGUAAAAGAAGCAGGUUGUGGAAGUACAAAGACAUUUACGAUACACUCACAAAAAAAACUGGGACAGAAGCAGUAGAAGCCAUAGUUUUGGAUUCUCGUGAAACAAAAGAGAUAUCCUUAAGUCUUGAUGCGUUUUCAAAGAUGAACAAAUUGCGACUGCUCAUGCUUAGUAAUGUUCAGCUUCCUAAUGGUCUCAACUACCUCUCUAAUGAUUUAUGCCUUCUUGAUUGGGAUGGAUACCUUUUAAAAUACCUGCCAUCAAAUUUUCUAUCGGACAGACUUGUCAUACUAAAAAUGUUGAGAAGCUGCGUGAAACAACCUUGGAAUGGAAGAAUGUGCCUAAACAAGUUGAAAUAUGUUGACCUCAGUUAUUCGCCAUGCAUAACCAAGAUCCUAGAUUUUACACGGGUAACAAAUCUUAAGGAAUUGACGCUUGGAGAUUGUAUGAAUUUGGUUGAGAUCGGCCCAUCCAUUGUAGCCAUCAAAAGGAUUAUGUACUUAAAUUUGAAGAACUGCAAAAAUCUUAAGGUUCUUCCUCCGGGUUGUUGGCUUAAAUCUCUUGAACGACUUUAUCUUUCUGGUUGCUCAAAACUCCAAAAUGUUUUUGAAGUUUUAAAGUUUACGGAAUGCUUAAUUAGUCUUGAUUUGAAAGGGACUUGUGUAAGGGAACUGCCAAUUGAACAUCUCAGCAAUCUUCGAUAUAUUAGUCUGCAGGAUUGCAAAGAACUUACAAGUCUUCCAAGUGGCAUUUGUGGGUUGAAGCUUCUUGAAAAUUUGAUUGUUUCUGGCUGCUCAAAACUUAGCAAGUUGCCCGAGAACCUAGGAGGAUUGCAGAGACUGCAUAAACUUCAUGCUGAUUUUACUGCUAUUAAGCAACCACCAUCCUCGAUUGCACACAUGAAGAGACUUAGGGUUUUGUCAUUUAGGGGAUGCAAGGGAGGAGUAACAUCAACACCAUGGAAUUCACUGUUCUCGUCAUUUCUAAUUCCAAAAGAACGUCAAGAUCCCAUGGGUUUUGAGCUACCUCCUCUAUCAAGCUUACGCUCAUUGUGCAAGCUAGAUCUUGGAAACUGCAACUUCUCAAAAGGAUUUCUCCCAGAUGACCUAGGCUCCUUAUCCUCGUUGGAAUUUUUAUACCUUAGUGGUAGCAACAUUAUUGGUUUGCCAGCAAGCAUUGGUUAUCAUCUGCGUCUUUCUAAUCUUAUGUUGAAGGAUUGCAAGAAGCUUAAAACGUUGCCCUAUCUCCCGAUAAGUAUCUCUUUCAUUGAUGCAAGUGGAUGCACAUCAUUAGAAAUAUUUACAGAUCUUAGGUGGGGCAAUAGGUGGGAUAAUUGUCGGUUCAGUAGGUCCAUCAUUUUAAUUAAUUGCCAUACGCUAGCAAAGAAUCAGCCCGACCUUCACAUUCAACUUAUCAGAAAUCUUAUUAAGAACAUCGCUCAUCUCUCGCACUACACUAUUAUUUUUCCUGGAAGAGAGAUUCCAAAAUAUUUCAACUAUCAAAAUAAUAUGGGGCAUUAUAUUCGAUUCCAGCUGAUGCCAGAUUGGUGUCAAAGACUCGAGGGUUUUGUUGUAUGUGUUGUUUUUGAAGCAAAGGCUCCAAUUAAUGCCCAAGUCUAUGUGGAACGUUAUGGGAUACGCAACGAUGUUGUAGACCAUAUCCGUGGGUACUGGACUGACAAGUGGCAUUUUGGGUCAGAUCACCUUUUUAUGACCUACAGGAGAUUUGGUGGCGUGACGGUGAAUCGUAUGAAAACUUGGACUGGGAUGAUGUUUUAUUUUACAAGUAAUCGUCCUGAAAUGGUUGUCCCAGUAAAAUGCGCUGUUGAAAUGAUAGAUGAGGAGGAGGGUCAAUUAAUUGAAGUUGCUAUGACUGUAAUUAAUUGGAUCCAAUUGAAUGACUCUCAGUUUGAACUAUCAGAAAGUCAAAAUAUACGAAAUUCAGUUAUGUUGAAAGGAGAUUCUUAUCCUAGAAUAAAAGCUGGGAUCAAUUACAUGUGGACUAAUGCGCUACUGGAUGAGGAUUAGCAUAGGCUUAUGCUUAGGGUCCCGAAAAGGGUGGGGCCUUCGAAAUCAGUUGGCCGCCUUCACCUUCAGCUUUAGCUUCACUUUUAUUUCAUUAUUAUAAAAGAUGUGACUUGUGAGUUGUG